AUGAUCGACGAAGGCUCCAGUCGUGUUCGGUUUUCGAGGUUGGCACGGCCUUCACUUUCGCCCAGGACAGUGAACUCCGUAGGACCUGUCAGGCUGAAGUGGAGUGAUUCACGUUUUCAUAGUGAAGUUCCACCCUCAACCGAGCGUGGCACCGUGCACGACACUCCAGAAAGAACGUCAUCCGACGAUAUUCAGCCGAUUCCAACCGACUUACCCGCCCCAGAAAACUGGACAUCUCUGGAAAGAGUAGGUGGAAAGGCAGCACCUACCACUGUACCAUUAGGGGGGGACAUCAUCAAUGAUGAAGAAGUGAGCUCUUCUGCCCUUGUAGCGGUGCCGGCCGGGGAUACCGCGCCGUUCAGAACCAUCGCUCAGGGUGAAUUACAAGCGGAUGUCCAGGACGGUUUCUUCGUGUCUCGGACGAGACAGCCUUUGCAUGGAUUAUUGUCCGAGCCAAUGGCGAGUUACAGCUUCGCGGGCUUUACAGCUGGUGCACUUCCGUCGGUAGCGUCUGUGUUGACGGCCGCAAAAGGACACUUGGCAUCAUAUCCUCGCCUCUCUGAUCGAGAGGAGUGUCUUCUGGCUCCGGGAAGCUUCAGUUUUUCUCUUCAGCAAGGUCUGGCGGCGGCUGCUCUUGCUGCUGUGACCCUCAAGUAUAUGUUCUGCGAGAGACCCAAGCGGAGCCUGAAGACCUUCUGUUUUGAUUUUGCAAAGCUUGUAGUGGGGGCUCUUUUGUCGCAACUCAUGGCCCUUCGUUUCUCCACGGUGCUCUCUCAUGUUCAUUUGUCGUGGAUUCAUGAAGGAGUGGAUGCGUGUGACUGGUACGUUGUUAGUCAGUUUGCCGAUUCCAGUCUUGGGAUUUGGCUGGUUGUGAAAAUACUACGGAUAAGCGAACAAAGAUUCGCUUAUGAAUCCGGCCAGUACAGCUACAGGCCUGGCGGAAGGCCGGCGUUCAAGAACUUCAUUGGUCAGCUUUUUAUCUUCAUUUGGAUAAUCCUCGUUGGCAAGUUGCUAAUGUUCAUCGUACUCGGUAUUUUUACGAAGCCUCUUUCAGCUGUGGCGUACACCGUGCUCUCCGCUCUUCAUCGCGGGAACGCUGAGCACAGAUUCCUCAUCGUAAUGGUCAUAAUCCCAGUUCUGACUAACCUGUUUCAGUACACCACAUUGGAUUCGAUAAUCAGAUUCAGAAAAAGGUCCGUCACAAAGGAGGAACAGGCGUUUUUCGAGCUGCAUUCCAAGUGUGAUGAAUCACGAACCACUGUUGAUGCUGACGGUCUGUGA